GCUUCACGUUUCAGAGCAGCACAUCAUGGCUCCCAUCCCCCUCAGCACGGUCGACACCGACCUCAAAGACGUAAUCCAACACCUCUUCGAAAUCCAAUCCGCCGUUCACGGCUACCUCGGUCCCGAAACCCAACAAGAGCUCGUUCGCAAAAUUAAAAACCUCACCCUCGCGCUCUCCACCCUCAGCACACACACCUCUGAUAAUCACCCCGACGCACAAUCACAAUCACCAGGAAACAGCAACGACCCUCCCAUUCACAGCAUCCAACUUCCCCCUGAGAUUAUCGACUACGUAGAUGCAGCAAGGAAUCCGGAUAUCUACACAAGAGAAUUCGUGGAGUUGAUCCAGCGCGGGAACCAGGAUCUGAGGGGGAAGAAGGAGGCGUUUGGGAGUUUCCGGGAUGUGUUGGCGAGGGAGAUGAGGGGAGCGAUGCCGGAGGUUAGGGGGGAGGUGGAUAGAGUGGUUGCUUCGUUCGGUGGUGAUGAAAAUGGGAAUAAUAAUGGGGAGGGGAGGGGAUGAUGUUUAGUUCAUGAUGAUGGUUAUGAUCGAAUAGAGGGAUAGAACUAUACUGGGAUGGAGUUUGGGGGAUGGAGUUAUUUUUUGCUUGCUUAAUUUUUGCGGUUAAUAAUUCUGAUGAGUGAUUUGUGAUGAUGGAUGAUGGAAGGAAUGUGAUGAUCGGAAUCCAAUGCCGACUAGACUGAAACUCAGGUCAGCAAGCAAGUUUAGCCUUGUGUGUGGCAGUGGCUGCUGCUGCUGCCCCCUGGAGUUAUUAUUAACUCUUCAGACCAGGAGCAGAGGGAUAAAAAUAAAUCUGAAUGAAUGAUCGAAAUAAAAAUAAUGGGAUGCACGUGGGGAUGCAAGGACUGUUUUUCUCCUUUAUUCUUCUCCUAUAUGAUCUCAUAUGGAAGGAAAGGAGAGCAGGUAUAGCAGGCAUAACAUAACCCUAUGUGGGAGAUCAUCCACCAGAGUUAGGAUCCACCUCAGGACGGAGUAUCUCAGAGUUUAACAUAACACAACAUUAACUAACUAACAGAUAAACGCUCAGCUGAACAAUAAUAAUGACAACAGAGUGAACAGUCUCCCCGCCCAAUAAACCAGGCGAAGGGCAACUGCAAAUAACAAUGCACCGCGUCACGCCGGCCCCCGCCCGUCAGCCGGGCAC